AUGUUUGUCGCAGGAUUAAUCAACAGUAUUCUUUCUUUUAUUACAUUUCAACAUAAAGAUUCUCAACAAGUUGGAUGUGGAAUGUAUCUAUUAGCAUCAUCGAUUACUUCUCUUUUAACAAUUAGUAUGUUCAUAAUUAAAUUCUGGUUUGUUGUUCUCACUCAUAUCAAUGUGUCCACUAGUCUCUCUGUUCUUCGUGGAGGUUGUGUAUCUAUUGAACCGAUUCUAAAACUUUUUCUCUACUUAGAUGGUUGGCUUAAUGCUUGUGUAGCAGUUGAACGAGCAGUACUUAUUUUUAAAGGAGUCAAAUUUGAUAAGAAAAAAAGCAAAUCUAUUGCUCAACGAACAAUUCUUAUUUUACCAUUCUUUAUUUUUGGUACUCUUAUUC